GGCGGAGCCUGAUGGAGGCGGGUCCUGAGGGGAGGCGGGUCCUGGGUCGGGCCCCGCCGUGUCGCGUAGCAGCGGGGACGCGGGGGCGGUGUCAUGGCGGAUGCCCAGCAGGCCCAGGAUAAGGCCGCGGCCGGCGCUGAGGAGACCGUGAAGAUCAUCUGCCUGGGCGACAGCGCCGUGGGCAAGUCCAAGCUGCUGGAGAGGUUCCUGCUCGACGGCUUCCGCCCCCAGCAGCUCUCCACCUUCGCCCUGACGCUCUACAAGCACCGUGCCCAGGUGGACGGGCAGACGGUCCUCGUGGACUUCUGGGACACAGCUGGACAGGAGAGGUUCCAGAGCAUGCAUGCGUCCUAUUACCAUAAGGCUCAUGCUUGUAUCAUGGUGUUUGAUGUGCAGCGGAAAGUCACCUACAAGAACUUAAACAGCUGGUACAAGGAGCUGAGAGAAUUCCGCCCAGAGAUUCCUUGCAUUGUGGUGGCCAACAAAAUUGAUGCGGACAUGAAGGUGACCCAGAAAAGCUUCAACUUUGCCCGGAAGUUCAGUUUGCCCUUUUACUUUGUGUCUGCUGCAGAUGGCACCAAUGUAGUGAAGCUCUUCAACGAUGCUAUCAAACUGGCAGUUGCUUACAAGCAGAAUUCGGGAGAUUUCAUGGACGAGGUCAUGCGAGAACUGGAGAACUUCGACCUGCAGAAGAGGAGUGAGAAUUUGUCGGAUCAAGAGGAGAGCUGCCCUGAAGAGACGCCGCCAUCUGCCUAAGCCCCGGACCCUGACUUGUUUUCUCCCUUUGCUCUAGAUUUCUGGGGUUAGUUAGAGCUGGCCUUCACAGAGAAAGGUGUUUUUUCUCGUGCCCUGAGAGCUCUGGUGAAGGGCAGCUGGGCCUCUGCCCUUCUUGUGGGGGACGGUCUGGGCCUCCGUCCUUGGCUUGGCCUGAGCCACUGCACGUCACGGUCAAGGGCAGGGCGAGAGUAGCCACACGGUUGCUCGUUACUGCAUGCUUCUUCAAGGCAAAGCUUGCCAGGAGAGCUAAGCCACUCUUGCACCUGCAGGGCAGGGUCCUGCCCAGAGGCUUUAACGGUACCCACUGGAGCAGACAAACACUAAAGAAAUUUUUUUUCUAAAGCUUUGAGCUUGCAUCCUUCCUGCACUUUUGUUGCAAGGCAGCCCAGUUACUCCACAGCGCAAGUCCAGCUGCCAGCCCUCCCCACUGCUUUCGCAGCCCGGCCAGCGCUGCCUCUCUGUCCACCCUGUGAUCUCUGCCGCAGAGUUUCUUUGGGUUUUCUUCCCCAUUCUGCUACGGAGCAGCCAGCUCCAGUAGACUUCUGAACACGGGGGAUUUCUCCCGCCGGGUCUGGUAGAGCCGAAUCAGGUGGACUCUCACACCCAGGAGGCUUGUCCUAUCCCAGCCCGAUGGAUGUGGCGGCUGCUGCUCCCAUGGGUCUGCUCAAGAGACUUGUGCUGCAUUCCAAAGAGACAGACAGACAGACAGACACACACACACACACACACUUACACAAUUAAUGUGACCAGCAAAACAGAUUGACAUAGCCAGAGCAAUGCCUUUACCCGCACCCACGUAUAUGUAACCACCAUGUGCAUAAACAUGAACUCAGUCCAGUCCUUUUCUGCCUUCCCACACGCUCAGUUUACUAGUGAAACAUAAACACACCUUCACCCCUAGAUUCAUAAGCACAGCGUGUUCUCAGAUUCCUCAACUAACAAUAUGGACGUUAAGUCCAUGUAAUAGCUGUGGCUGGAUGUCAAACUCCUUACGCAGUCAUCGGUGCAAACCUCGGGUCUUCCUAGUUCCGUGUCUCCUGGGUCACAAGAGAGUCCAGUUUCAAUUUCACUGGUGCAUUGCACACACACACAGACACACACGCGGGGAUCCCACCAGAAGCCGGCCUAAGCCACUUUGCGUUCCCAACUGCUGUCCCCAAGACCUCUAGCCCCCCACGACCUGUGUUCCCUUCUUCCACUGCCCCCUCACCCUCCUCUGUGACCAGGCACAUCGCCAGCCCUCGGGAGUGACUCUUGCCCUUUGUGCCCCACGGUGUGCCUGCAGCCCCACUCCGCAGGUGCUGGGCAGGGAAGUCCUUCCCUUGCACAGGAGACUGAAUUGGAGCGAGGCACGGUUAGCUGAGAAAAUCGGCAACUUUAUUUCAACAACCGUCAUCGUCCGCACCUGCGUACACUCGGAGGAGCGUGGGCAGGACUGAGCAGGCCUUUGGCACUGAGGCUGCCUUUGGAUCGGCAGGUGUUGCCCCAGAAGGAGACGCGGUGGAAC